AGCUCCCAUGGUUCGAGCUAAUCGAGGAAGAAAUGGUAUGUAUACUCGUAUUUGUGUAACAUUUCGUUUGCUAAUGAUAUUAAAAAAUUGAAUGGAUGGAGGUAGGGUUUAUGUGGUUCUAUCGUCCUGGCGAGAGGAUGCCGGCGUGCGCGUCACCGGCUGGGGCUCCGCGCACAAGGCGGUGCGAGAUCUCUGCCUCGCCAGGGAGCGCGGCGCCGGGAGCGGCGGCAUUGCGCGGCGAUGGAGCAAGCUUAGCCGGAAUCUCAGGGGCAAGGUGCUGGAGCAGCUGGUCGAGAAGGAGGAGCUCGAGAUCGCGCUUGCGGUGUACAAUGAGGAGGCGAGGAAUGUGCGAAUCCAUGGCCACAUUGCGGCGUUGAUGGCCAAGGCGCGGGAGACGGUGGAGGCGGAUGCGUUUGUUGCGGGAUUUGAUGACGAGCUGGGGGAAUCCGAGAGAGUGAAGUUCCGCUGCGCGCUCUUGGAGUUCUACGCGAGGUAUGGGUUGUGGGAGAGAGCUCACAGGGAGUUUGGAGAGCUAGAGGGAUUGGGCAGAGCAGCCGCAGCAGCUGGGCGGAGAGCGCUGUUCCAAGCCCAGGCAAAGUUUGGCGAUCCAUUUGAGGCGGAGGAAACACUCAACUCGAUCAAAGCUAGCGGGGAAAGGGUCUCCUCCCGGAGUUACAAGUCGUUGCUCGUCUCGUUUGGAAGGGCUGCCAUCUACGGCAAAGUUGACGAGGUCUUGGAAGCCAUGCUCAAGGCUGGGCACAAGCUGGAUGCAGCCACUUUCAACACGAUGCUCGCAGCGUAUGGGACUCACAGGAAGUAUAGGGAGAUGCUAGAGGUGAUGGAGAUGAUGGAGGAGGCCAGGAUUGGAUUGACAGUUCUCUCCUGGAACGCAGUCAGCAACGCUUGCCCGGUGCUCACUUCGCUAGCCCAGCUUACCGGUGAUGCUCAAGAGCCGGAGUCACUCCUCGGCGCCACGGAUUUGCUCUCUACACUGGAUGGCUCGGACGAAGAACUGGAGCUGGUCAGGAAGCUAGUGACGAUGAAUCUCCCGCUUGGAUCGGUGGAUUGGUCGGCGGAGGUGUGGAAGCUGGACAUGCACAGCUUGACACCCGGGGCAGCGUAUCUCACACUUCUGUGCUGGCUCGACGAGGCAAAGCGGAAGUUUGUAUCGGGUGCUAGAGUUCCCAGGGAGAUCGAGGUGGUCACGGGAUGGGGAAAGCACAGCAAAGUGGAGGGAAGCUCCGAGGUGAAGAAUGCCGUGCUGAGAUGCCUGAGGAGCGCCAAGAGUCCUCUCAAGAUUGACAGGGAGAACAAGGGGAGAAUGCUCGGCCGGGGGCACAAACUCAAGGAGUGGCUGCUAGCUUCUUGCAACGCUUGCGAGCUCGGAACUCAUGGAAGCUAUCAACUGUGAUCUCGAUGAUCAUCGUGAACGCUAUGCUCAUCAGCUCUAUAAGCUUCUCACUCCAGAAGAAUUACUUUGCCCUUGCAGAAAAUUAAAACUUCUCUAUGGUGGAAGAUCUAUGCUAAA